CCGGAAGUUCCGGGCCGAGUUCCUUGUGCCAACGUGUCUUGUAAGGUGCGGCUAGAAACUGGGGACAUGGCAGCGCCUGGCCCAGCGCUCUGCCUCUUCGACGUGGAUGGGACCCUCACCGCCCCGCGGCAGAAAAUUACCAAAGAAAUGGAUGACUUCCUGCAAAAAUUGAGGCAGAAGAUCAAAAUCGGAGUGGUAGGCGGAUCGGACUUUGAGAAAGUGCAGGAGCAACUGGGAAAUGAUGUGGUUGAAAAAUACGAUUAUGUGUUUCCAGAAAAUGGCUUGGUAGCAUACAAAGAUGGGAAACUCUUGUGUAAACAGAAUAUUCAAAGUCAUCUGGGUGAGGCCCUAAUCCAAGAUUUAAUCAACUACUGUCUGAGCUACAUUGCGAAAAUUAAACUCCCGAAGAAGAGGGGUACUUUCAUUGAAUUCCGAAAUGGGAUGUUAAACGUGUCCCCUAUUGGAAGAAGCUGCAGCCAAGAAGAACGCAUUGAGUUCUACGAACUCGAUAAAAAAGAAAAUAUAAGACAAAAGUUUGUAGCAGAUCUACGGAAAGAGUUUGCUGGAAAAGGCCUCACGUUUUCCAUAGGAGGCCAGAUCAGCUUUGAUGUCUUUCCUGAUGGAUGGGACAAGAGAUACUGUCUGCGACAUGUGGAAAAUGACGGUUAUAAGACCAUUUAUUUCUUUGGAGACAAAACCAUGCCGAAAAUGAAAGGACUUGAAAUUAAGAGAAGGGAGAGAUUGAAGUGUUUCAUGCGCGUCCGUGUGAAGAGACCACCAAACAGGCUUUGUGUGAGCAACAUGGCUGUUUAUUUCACCUGGGUGCAGGUGGGCUGAGUCCGAAAAGAGUCAGCAAAGGGUGGUGGAUUAUCAUUAGUUCUUAUGGGUUUUGGGAUAGGCGGUGAAGUUAAGAGCAAUGUUUUGCGGGCAGGGGUGGAUCUCACAAAGUACAUUCUCAAGAGUGGGGAGAAUUUCAAAGAACCUUCUUAAGGGUGGGGGAGAUUACAAAGUACAUUGAUCAGUUCGGGUGGGGCAGAAACAAAUCACAAUGGUGGAAUGUCAUCAGCUAAGGCUAUUUUUACUUCUUUUGUGGAUCUUCAGUUACUUCAGGCCAUCUGGAUGUAUACGUGCAAGCCAUAGGGGAUGCGAUGGCUUGGCUUGGGCUCAGAGGCCUAUCAUUCCUGCCUUAUGUUAAUAAGAAAAAUAAAAUAGUGUUGAAGUGUUGGGGCGGCGAAAAUUUUUGGGGGGUGGUAUGGAGAGAGAAUGGGCGAUGUUUCUCAGGGCUGCUUCAAGCGGGAUUAGGGGCAGCGGGGGAACCUAGAGUGGGAGAGAUUAAGCUGAAGGGAAGUCUUGUGGUAAGGGGUGAUAUUGUGGGGAUGUUAGAAGAAACAUUUGUUGUAUAGAAUGAUUGGUGAUGGUCUGGAUACAGUUUUGGAUGAAUUGAGAAACUAAACGGAACAUACAAGGUCCAAAUAAAAGAAGAAGAAAAAUGGGUAUUAAAGGACUAAGAAUUGGGAGGACCUCGGACAUCCAAUUAGAGAGCGCCCAAGGGGGUUCAGCGUAAUUACUUGCUUGGUUGGCAAGUUUUUGGGCUCUAUGCUUGAGUUUUUUUUAUGUUGUCAUACAUCAGGCCAGAUUGAUUUAGGUAAAAACAACACUUCAUUUAAGAAUAUGCAGAGUCCUUCUUUUUCAACAGUGAGUAAGUCAAGGCCUCGGUGGUUUUGGAGGACAACUGCAGCUAAAGAGUCAACUUGGGCCUGGAGGACUGAUAAAGUUUGUGACAUGUCUGUGAUGCUAGCAGAGAAGUCAUUAGACAGGCUACGGAAGGUCGUGACAGAGGUUGAAAUGCCUGCUAUUCCAGUACCGAGAGUAAUAGUGGAGGCAGAAAGUCCUCAACUGACCAUCAAGGGAAUUAGUGGAAUGACUCUUCUUUGUCGUGUCGGUGUCAUGAGGGGAACAGGGAGCUCUUCGGUCCUAUUUGCAAAUUGAAUUUUGGGAGUAAGGAAGACUAGUGUGCAUGUGCCUGUCCAAUUAGCAGGUAGACACAUGUUAGGUAAAGGAUCCACAGAGGAAGAAGAGACCUUGUGCAAGGCAAAACUGGAGAUGUAAAGUAAAAAGAUGAGGAGUGCUGCAAGGGGUGUCUUGUACCUAGAGUCCUAGGGAUCCAGCUAGGGUGGCAGCUGUCAGAGGUUGUAAUGGGGACUGAUGGGGUAACUGCGUAGAGGGGGAGGUUCAAUUUUCAUGGUGUAUGAGAAAACGUUGAGUAUCUACGAGCAACCUUUCACUAUUAUUUUCGGGGCUGGGUAAAAGUAAACAAGAGGAGGGCCUGGGAGGAAGAGUCUGAGCAAGGGGAAGGUAGCCAAGGAUGGAGUGAAAUACAGGGCAAGUGUCUUCCUAAGCAAUCAUUACUGCUAAUGGUUUUAAGUUUGUCAGUAUUGAUAGAGGGCUUGUCUGUAAUAUGGAGCUGGAAGGCUCCCAUUGUUUCAGUGAUGUGUGUAGUUGUACUUCGGAGAUGAAGAGUAAAGGAACAUCGAGAAGGUGAAAGAUUACCUAGGGGAAUUCCAGUGGGUCUUUGCCGAGAGAUACAUAUAGGAGCGGCCACAGGAAUAGUAGUUUGUGUUGUGAGAGGUCCGAAUACGGGGGUGGGGGGGGGGUAGAGUUAAUAUAAGGAGAAAGGUUUUUUAAAUAAGUGCGAAGGAGGGCGGCAGCUUGCUGAUGUGAAAUGUCUGGGGAAGUCUUGCUGGACCUGUCUAGAAAGUAAAUGAGUUCUUCAGGAGGGUAAAGGUGAGGGCUGUUAAAGGAAGUUCAGAGGUGUAAGCAGACAGGAGAUGUUGCCCAGUCUGUCUGUAAGGUGGGGACAGCUGUGUAGGCACUGGAAGAAAGGGAAAUGCAAAGCCAGCAGUUGUUCGUUAAGGAGGGAUUAGAAGCGGCUAGGAGAGAAUGGGUAAGGUUGAUAGUGUGGUGGAGAUAGCUGGGGAGAGGUAGAGGGUGGCAUAAGAAUGGGAAUGAGAAUAAGAGUGAGUAUAAAAGUAAAGAAUAGAACUUCAUCAGGGUGGAAGUAUUGGAGGGUGCCCUGCCAGCAAAGAUCAUCUAUCCACUCUAAGAGGGAGUUAAGAGUGACAGUUUGGGGAUAGCACCAAGAGAUAUCAGCUGUGAUGGCUUGAAGAAGCAGUGUAAACAAGAGUAGGGCAUUUAUAAGUAGUUGAGAAUGGAGAAUAGGAGUAUGAUCAGACAGAAGAUAGUAGGGAUGACUAGUUUUUUGGGGCUCGGCCUAAGUGGGGGGGGUGACUUCGUAAAGCCCUGUUGCAAAAAGUAGGGUGAGGACGAAAGACCUAAUAGAAUGAAGGGAUGUAUUAGGCUCAUAAGGGUUAUUACUGUUCUUCAGAAAUACGAGUGAGUUUAAGGGAAGUAGGGGAGAGUACUUGCGACUUCCAGGAGGAAGAGGAGGGAUUAGGCUGGCUGUCCGAUGGACACAGCUUUAUUCUGGAACGGUGAACCCAGUGGGGAGGAUCCUGCAGGUGGACGGCAGUCGGGGUACUAUAGAUGACUAAGUAGGGUCGGGUCCAUCGAGGUUGUAGAGUUUGAGGGGUCAGAUUAACAAGAACUGAUCGUCCAGCUAGGGUGUCUUCAUAUGGCUGGGGAUCUGGAGUAGGCAAGAGAAGCUUAGCAGCCUGGCGAAUUUCCUGUCUAGCCUGCUGGAGGACUGGAAGACAGUCGCCUAGAGGGCUGGUGUCUGGGAUGAGGUUGGGGCCAAGCAAGAAAGUGCGUCCAUAUAAAAGUUCAAAUGGACUGUACCUACCCUGUAGCAUGUCGAGGACAGGCUCUAAUUCUGAGAAGAGCAAGAAGUAAAAGUACUGUCCAAUCCUUUUUAAGUUGGAGGCUGAGCUUGGUGAGGUGUACCUUUAAAAGACCAUUAGUCCGUUCUACCUUUCCUGAAGAUUGACGAUGGUAAGGGAUAUGAAGGUUCCACUGAAUACUAAGAGCCUGAGAAACUGCUUGGGUGAUUUGACUAGUAAAGGCUGGUCCGUUAUCAGACUGUAUAGAGGUGGGAAGGCUAAACUGAGGAAUUAUGUCUGACAGAAGGGAAGAAAUGACUGCGGUGGCCUUCUCAUACCCUGUAGGAAAGGCCUCUACUUAUCUAGUGAAAGUGUCUACUUAGACUAAGAGGUAUUUUAGUUAUCUGACUCGGGGCAUGUUGAGUGAAGCUAAUUUGCCAGUGCUGGGUGGGGGCAAAUCUUCAAGCUUGAUGUGUAGGGAAGGGAGGGGGCCUGAAUAAUCCCUGAGGAGUAGUAGAAUAGCAGAUGGAACACUGAGAAGUUAUUUCCUUGAGGAUAGAUUUCCACGAUGGAAAGGAAAUGAGAGGUUCUAAGAGGCGGGCUAGUGGCUUGUACUAUAGCAUAGCCUGCCUUUGCUGGUAUGUGGCGAUUAGGCCUGGUAGAACCGCCAUCAAUAAAUCAAGCGUGAUCAGGGUGAG